CGCCUGGUCUGGUCUUAGUUACAGGCAGGCCCUGAGGAGGAAACCCCAUCUCAAACCCAGCCCUUGCAGACAUCCCUGCCCACCCUAACCGCAGGGAGUCAGAAAUGGGGUCUCGAAAGCUAGGGAACUUCUGCACCCUAACCCAUACGAGACCUCGCGCGACCUCCGCCUCUGAAAGACAACCGUGACGCACCGGCCGCUUCCGAUUUCACUUUCCUUUUCUCGGGCCCGGCCGCUUCACCUCUUUGGCCGCUGCCUGGGGAUUUGCCCAGUGAUCAGUGACGUCAAGCAGCCUAAAGUUCCCAUUGGUGGACGGAGUUCGGGAAGAGCCAAUCCCAGGGCUGGUCCCAGAGAAAUCUCGGCGGAGGGCACGGAGCUCCGGGAGACUGCUGGGCGGGGAGGCUGUGGUGCGGACUGCUUGCUGAGGAUCUACCCGCGGAGCCGCUCCGGGGAGAGGAGUGACCGGGCCCGGAGCGAGGCGCCGUCCCCAGAGCCAGAAGCGAGCGGGACCUGGAUGACGUUCCACCUGGUGGCUUGGAGCCUUGCAUGACCAGAGGUCUAGUCUCUGAGGAAGAAAGACCCUACCAGGGAACAGAGACCCCCAAGCUAAGGGUGCAAUGGCAGUGUCAGCCCCCUUGAGGAGUCUGGAGGAGGAGGUGACCUGCUCCAUCUGCCUGGAUUACCUGCGGGACCCAGUGACCAUCGACUGUGGCCAUGUCUUCUGCCGCAGCUGCACAAGUGAUAUCCGCCCCAUAUCGGGGAAUCGCCCAGUCUGCCCGCUCUGCAAGAAGCCCUUUAAGAAGGAGAACAUCCGGCCCGUGUGGCAGCUAGCAAGUCUGGUAGAGAAUAUUGAACGACUGAAGGUGGACAAUGGCAGGCAGCCGGGAGAGCUGGCCCGAGAGCCACAGGACGUGAAGUUGUGUGAGCGGCACCAGGAGAAGCUACACUAUUACUGUGAAGAUGAUGGUAAACUGUUGUGCGUGAUGUGCCGGGAGUCCCGGGAGCACCGCCCCCACACUGCAGUCCUGGUGGAGAAGGCUGCCCUGCCUCACAGAGAGAAAAUUCUGAACCACUUGAACACCCUAAGGAGAGACAGAGACAAAAUUCAGGGCUUUCAGGCCAAGGGAGAAGCUGAUAUUCUGGCUGCACUGACGAAGCUGCAGGAGCAGAGGCAGUACAUUGUGGCGGAAUUUAAGCAGGGCCACCAGUUUCUAAAGAAGCGGGAACAGCACCUGCUAGACCAGCUGGCCACCCUGGAGCAGCUACUCACCGAGGGCAGGGAGAAGUUCAAGACCCGGGGUGUCAGUGAGCUUGACCGGUUGACUCUGGUCAUCUCUGAGCUGGAAGGCAAGGCACGACAGCCAGCUGCAGAGUUGAUGCAGGAUGCCUGCUCUACACAGGACACCAAGGACUUCGCCAACAAAUAUCCACGGAAGAAGUUCUGGAUUGGGAAAGCCAUCCCUCACAUGGUUAAAAGAAAGGCAGGAGAAUUCUCAGAUAAACUUCUUAAUCUGCAGCGAGGCCUGAGGCAGUUCCAGGGCAAGCUGCUGAGAGACUUGGAGUAUAAGACAGUAAGCGUCACCCUGGACCCACAGUCAGCCAGUGGAUACCUACAGCUUUCAGAGGACUGGAAGUGCGUGACCUAUACCGGCCAGUACCAGAGUGACUGCCUGCUCCCCCAGCAGUUUGACUGUGAGCCAGGAGUGUUGGGCAGCAAGGGCUUCACCUGGGGAAAGGUAUACUGGGAAGUAGAGUUGGAGAGAGAAGGCUGGUCGGAGGAUGAAGAAGAGGGGGAGGAGGAAGAAGAAGGGGAAGAGGAGGAAGAAGAUGAGGAGGUUGUCUAUGGGGACGGAUAUGAAGACUGGGAAACAGAUGAGGAAGACGAAUCACUGGGGGAAGAGGAAGAGGAGGAAGAGGAAGAAGAGGAGGAAGUUCAGGAAAGCUGCAUGGUGGGAGUGGCCAAAGACUCUGUGAAGAGGAAAGGGGACCUCUCCCUGAGGCCAGAGGAUGGUGUGUGGGCCCUUCGGCUCUCCCCCUCAGGCAUCUGGGCCAACACGAGCCCAGAGGCCCAGCUCUUCCCGGUGCUGCGGCCCCGGAGAGUGGGCAUCGCCCUGGAUUAUGAAGGGGGCACUGUGACAUUCACCAAUGCAGAGUCCCAGGAACUCAUCUAUACCUUCACAACCACUUUCACCCGGCGCUUGGUUCCCUUCCUGUGGCUCAAAUGGCCAGGAACACGCCUUCUGCUGAGACCCUGAACUCCAGAACCCGCCUGGGUCACCCUACAGAAACUUUACUUCUC